AAUCAUUGAGCGCCACAAUCACGGAUCGUCUUUCUCAGCUGCCGCGGCCACAUGACUGCGUUUUCUACAGCGCUCAUUUCCUACCGGGACUGUCUCCACCCCCUCCGACCUGCCUCGGCGCGGAACCGCACGGCACGGACUCGCUGCCAGCCCCGGCCCUCCUCCAGGGCUGCGUGAGCCGGUGUUUGAUUGGAUUAGAGCCGGCUAGCCUUUGCCCUCUCACCCCGCUGAUGGUGGCUGGCAGCUUCCUGCUCCCGUCGCUCCCCUCGACCGAUCGACCCACCGACCGACGAAGCCCUGCCGAAGCCGCGCGGCGAAGCGCCCUGCACGGACAGCCAGCCGACCGGGACGACACGCAGCAGCCGGAGCCGAACCGGAGCGCGACGACCGCGGCGGCCAUGCGGAGGAAAUCGAGGAUAUUGUUGUGCUUCGCGGUGCUGUGGGUGCUGGGGAUCGCCUACUACUUCUACUCGGGGACGGCGAUGAGUCGGAAGGACGACUGGGGCUCCAGCGACUUGUCCGUCCGGAACAGGGCCCACAGCGCCGACGAUAAGGCCCACAACCCGGAGACUCUGCCGCCAGGUAAAGUGCGUUGGCAGGACUUCGACCAGGACCUGUACGUCGGCGCCACCGUGGUUCGACCCGGUCAGGACCCGUACGCAAGGAACAAGUUCAACCAGGUGGAGAGCGACAAGCUGCGCAUGGACAGAGCUGUGCCCGACACCAGACACGACCAUUGCAGGCAUAAGCAGUGGAGGUCGGACCUGCCAGCCUCCAGCGUUGUCAUCACCUUCCACAACGAAGCUCGGUCUGCUCUGCUGCGAACGGUGGUCAGUGUCCUAAAGAAAAGUCCUUCUCACUUGGUCAAAGAGAUCAUUCUGGUUGACGACUAUAGCGACAACUCGGAGGACGGCGCUCUGCUGGGGAAGAUCGAGAAGGUGCGCGUGUUGAGAAACGACCGGCGAGAAGGUCUGAUGCGUUCGAGGGUUCGUGGUGCUGACGCUGCGACGGCGCCGGUCCUCACCUUCUUGGAUUCUCACUGUGAAUGCAAUGAUAACUGGCUUGAGCCUCUGCUGGAGCGAGUGGCUGAGGAUAAAACCAGAGUAGUUUCUCCUAUUAUUGAUGUCAUUAACAUGGACAACUUCCAGUAUGUCGGAGCCUCAGCAGACCUCAAAGGAGGUUUCGACUGGAACCUGGUGUUUAAAUGGGACUACAUGACUCUGGAGCAGCGACGAGCCAGACAGGGAAACCCCAUCGCCCCUAUAAAGACUCCUAUGAUAGCAGGAGGCCUGUUUGUCAUGGAUAAGGAGUACUUUGAGCAGCUGGGAAAGUAUGACAUGAUGAUGGAUGUUUGGGGAGGAGAAAACCUGGAGAUCUCGUUCCGAGUGUGGCAGUGCGGCGGCAGCCUGGAGAUCAUCCCCUGCAGCCGAGUGGGCCACGUCUUCAGGAAGCAGCAUCCGUACACGUUCCCCGGAGGCAGCGGAACGGUGUUUGCCAGGAACACGAGGCGAGCAGCGGAGGUGUGGAUGGAUGAGUAUAAGAACUUCUACUACGCUGCCGUCCCAUCGGCGAGAAACGUCCCCUACGGAAAUAUCCAGAGUCGCUUGGAGAUGAAGAAGAGAUUAGCGUGUAAGCCGUUCAAAUGGUACCUGGAAAACGUCUACCCGGAGCUGAGGGUUCCGGAUCACCAAGACAUAGCGUUUGGAGCCCUGCAGCAGGGAGGGAACUGUCUGGACACCCUGGGUCACUUCGCCGACGGUGUGGUAGGCAUCUAUGAGUGCCACAACGCCGGGGGAAACCAGGUAGCGUUGCCACGACGACAUUUACAGGAAUGGGCCCUGACCAAGGAUAAAUCAGUCAAACACAUGGACCUGUGUCUAACUGUGGUUGAUAGAACGGCCAGCUCCCUCAUCAGGCUUCAGGGCUGCAGAGAGAACGACAGCAGACAGAAAUGGGAGCAGAUCGAGUCCAACGCCAAGCUUCGCCACGUGGGCAGCAACCUCUGCCUGGACAGCCGCAGCGCCAGGAUGGGCGGGCUCACCGUGGAGGUGUGCAGCCCCAGCCUCAACCAGCAGUGGAAGUUCACCCUCAAUCUCCAGUCAUAGGGGCCUCUGCAGACCCUGCAAGAGUUGGAUUCCGGAUAGAGACACUAACAGACUCUGGUGUGGAGGUCAAAGAGAACGGCAACGGAUGGAUUAAUGGGUGCUCCUCAGCGGGUGGGCAUGUCUUCACCCCUCUCCCCCCACCUCACACCUGAACUAAAGGGCGACAUCCGCGGGGGGGAGGAGCCUGUAGACCGCAAUGGAGUAAACGGGAAACUGAUCGAUGGUGACGAUGAGGCGCUCCAUUCAACUACAUACCUCAGUGUUCUUUCAUUGAUGGUUCUGGAGGCAGGUGGCGCGUGAAUCCUUUUUGUUCUUCAACUUCCUUCAAUGCUGGUCAAACAGAACUUUGAUAUUUUUAAUUUGUAAUUAUUUUAUUUUAUUAUGUAUGUGUUUUUUUUUUUCCUCAAAGUUAAUUCUCCAAGAAGGGUUCACGGGAGUUUUUGUUGUUGUUGCCCUGUUUUGUUUUGGAAGAAUCGGAUACUGGGUGCUGUUGCUCCUCUUCCACGCGGGGCCAGAGCCCGCGGCAGCAGACGGGAGGUUCGGCUUGGGAUUUGGGUGUGGAUUGCUGUAAAGGGAGGAAAUGGACUCAGGUCCCGUGAGCUUUUCCACUCGUUUGCUCUUGGCGGUUUACAGGAUCACGGGCCGAUAGAAGGAUGCUGGGUGUGAACUGCUCCGACGGUUCAAACACCGGGUCGGCCAGACCUGCAGUUCCUGAAACUGGAAGGUGUCUUAACCUGACCUGAGGAUUUACUGUUUGUAGCACUGGCUGCUACUUCAUAUUCACUUUGUCUCUAAAAACAACACGCAAACUAAUCUCUGAUGAUUCUGUAUUUUGUUUUUUGUUUGUGUUUUUGUUCUUUUGUCAAAAAAUGAAACCAAAUUCAAAUGAGAAGCAAUUAAAUAAGUUACAUCCUUUUGCUUGUGCAGCUUAAUACCUGCUGUUGGUUCAUGCAUGGUGUUAUUCCUUUGCUGCUGUGGGGAGCUCUCCGUCUAAUAACCCUGUCCAAACUGACCUAAUGUUGAGGCUUCUCUAGAGACAGAAGGCGUUUGCUGUAAAUGGACAACAGUAACAUCAGCGAGAUGAGAUGGAGGCUUUGCAGAUUAGUUCAAGGAAACUCUCCAGGGUGCUAGACAUCGAGUCAUGAAGGGCUUUGAUGGACCGUGCUUCAUUUAGAGAGCUCACCGUUGAAACUUUGCUAAUUUCAGAUUGAGAACAGAUGUCCUGCACAACGGGCAGUUUCCAAAGUCCGGCUGCAGCUGAUGGUGUGUGAGGCUCCUCCCGGCUGCAUGUGUCAGUGCUCAGUUUUUUCUUUUCCUCUUGCUGGAGAUGAACCAUCUGUUCUCAUACUUUUAUUCUUUGUCCUCCUUACGUUUCCAUUAGAACUGAGCAGAUUUUCAGUUUUUCUUUUGCUGUCCUGACGACAACCAAUUUUUAAAUGUCACCAGACAACGAGGAGAUGCUUAUUAGCUCGUUGUUACCUGAUGAUGUUACUGAAACCAUUCACAGCGCGUGGUGGUGCUUCCUCUUCCUCCGGUCUCUGCCUCAUCCCUUCAUCCUCUCUCUGUCACCAAUCACUAACGAUGAAGGACUUCAACAUCUGUUUUGCAUUUAUUUGAAGCGACUCCUCACUUGGCAGCUUCAGGGCAACUGCAUCACAGCAUCUUACAAUUUGCAGCCAACCCUUGUUUGUAAUACCACCUGUGUUUCUGUCCUGCUCUCAUACGCACAUUAACCUGUAAUUGAUUCAUUUUUUUUCCUUUUGUUUAUUCAUCUGACAAAGGCAGCUGGCCUCGUUUGCUCUGCUGCCUGAUACUCCUGUUCCUUUGUUUUUGCCUGUCUUUGACGGUCAUGCAUCUGUAGCAGAGGAAGUGAAGGUGGAGCCGACUUAAGAAGCCUAUCCUGUGACUUGAUGGGUUGCUGCAUUGUCCCACGAGUGUGAGGCCGGAAUUAUUAUUACAGCCUGAGGGAAAUCUUGACCAGAAUCAUGGGCCCAGUUGUGUUUUAGAACUUUACUUGGAUUCAAUGCUCAUCAAGAGGCGGAUUUACUGUUGAAGACCAGAAAGAUUCAGUUGUUUUCAGAAUAUAAGUGUUAAUGAAACACUUGGUCUUCAUUUUUUGUUGGGCUUUAUGACUCUCCCACAUUUAUGCAUCCAAACAUAUGAAAUGAAACAAAACGGAUGUGUUAAAAUAAAAGUCUGAUUCACCGCUCCAUUGGGGAUGAAGAGGAGUGUUAUCGUUCUUCAUCUUGGGUUCAUGCUCCUCAUUGUGGCACCAGGAGCCAUUUGAUUUCUACUCUGAGAACUAAAUGUUGACAUUUGUUUUAUGAAGCUUACCACAUCCCAAUCUUGAUGCUUAGUCCUACUAAUGCCUACUUCUGAGCAUUGGGAGCUAAUGUCUACCAUCUUCUGUGAGGGUGGGACACUCUUGGUUUAGUGGCUUAUAGCGCCCUCUGUUGCUAAACUUCCUUUUUUUCCUUAUUUACUUAUAUUUGUCUGACCCUUUGCUUUAUAAUCUCUUACAGCUCUAGCUAACUAACUGACAUCACAGAACAGUUCCUAGAACCAACUAUCACUCACCCGACCAUGACCAAACUGUCUGCUGCAGCAGCCCAGAUAUAUCUUGUUUCAUCUUUUUCUAUUUAAUCCAGUCUUAUUGUUUUGAAGACGAACGAUUCGUUCUUUUGUUUGAUACUGUUUUUAUGUUAUUCAGAGGAAAUGACUGUAAUAAUUAAGUAGUCCAGUGCCUCUAUUUUGAUUGGAUGAUUAAAUGUUUACAUCUUUA